AUGAAUAAUGUGAAACUGUUAGACUCUUUGAACUAUUUUCCCAUGUCCCUCGCCAAGUUACCAAAAGCGUUCGGUUUAACAGACGAUUUUCGAAAAGGAUUUUUUCCGCAUCACUUUAAUACACCCGAAAAUCAAAAUUAUGUAGGACCGUAUCCCGAUAUGAAGUAUUAUAAUCCAGAUGCUAUGAAGACCGACGAAAGAGAUAAAUUUAUUAGUUGGUACACCGAAAAUAAAGACAACAUCUUUGAUAUGCAAAAGGAAAUUGUCUCUUAUUGCAUAUCCGAUGUAAAUAUAUUAACGCUCGCCUGCCUGAAAUUUCGAGAAUUAUUAAUUAAAUCCGGAAAUGUGUGUCCGUAUACAGAGGCAUGUACGAUUGCCAGCGCAUGUAAUAAACUGUUUCGUCGUAACUUUUUGAAAACAGACACGAUCGGUUUGAUUCCUAGACAGGGAUAUCGAUACCGCGAUAAUCAAUCAAAAGUAGCAAUUCACUGGUUAAUAUGGGAGGAAAAGGUGCGAGGAAUAGACAUCGUGCACGCUGCCAAACAGAAAGAAAUCGUCAUCGGUGGUUUGCCUGUUGAUGGGUAUUGUCCACAAACAAAUCAGGUAUUUGAAAUGAUGGGGUGCUUUUAUCAUGGGUGUGUAAAAUGUUUUAAAAAUGAUCGCGACAAACCUAUACACAGUAACUCGUACGAAACGAUGGAUUUAAGAUACGAAAAUACCUUGUCAAAAAUCAAUCACCUUAAUCAACUAGGUUACGAGGUAAUAGUAAAAUGGGAAUGUGAAUUUAAACAAGAUACAAACCCCAACAUAAAUAAGUAUGUGUCUGAACACCCAUUGGUACAUUUUGCUCCAUUAAACGCGCGAGACAGUUUUUACGGCGGUCGAACCGGUAACAUAAAGUCCUACUAUAAAGUAAAAGACGGAGAAAAGAUCAAUUACAUCGAUAUCUGUUCAUUGUAUCCCUACAUUUGCAAAGUAGGCAAAUUUCCUAUUGCCCAUCCUCAGGUCUUAGUAGGGAGCGACUGUGCCAAUCUCGACGUCACAAAAGUCGAUGGACUUAUUAAAUGCAAGGUACUGCCUCCACAAAAUUUAUUUCAUCCCGUUCUUCCAAUAAAGUUAAAUAAUAAAUUAAUGUUCCCUCUGUGUUAUUCCUGUGCUAAAAAUUUUACGCAGGAGGAUUGUUCCCACGAAAUAGGCGAUAGAGCCAUUGUGGGAACAUGGGUGGCCGACGAAAUUGUCAAAUCUAUAGAAAAGGGUUAUAGGAUUAUGGAGGUAUACGAAGUUUGGAGUUAUAAAACGGAGCAGUAUGAUGGCAAGUCAGGUGGUUUAUUUACUGAAAUGAUGAAUAAAUUUAUUAAAAUCAAACAAGAAGCGAGCGGGUGGCCAUCUAACUGCAAAACUGACAAAGAAAAACGAGCCUAUAUUGCACGAUUUUAUGAAAAAGAAGGUAUAUUAUUGGAGUUUGAUAAAAUUGAAUUGAACCCAGGUCUACGUUCGUUAGCAAAAUUAAUCUUAAAUUCAUUUUUCGGAAAAUUCGGUCAACGAGAGAACCAACCUAAAACCAAAAUUAUUAACCAACCGGUGGAAUUGUAUGCACUUCUGUUCGAUCCUACAAUUGAUGUUGUAGGCAUCUUACCAAUAAACGAAGACACUUUAGUGGUAAACUAUCAGCAUAAAGAGGAAUCAUACACCCUUUUAAGUACAGUUAAUGUAUCCAUUGCAGCAUACGUCACAGCACAAGCUCGUUUGAAGUUAUAUUCAUACAUGGAACGAUUGGGUGAUCGUGUUUUAUACUUUGAUACGGACAGUAUAAUUUAUAUAUCGCGAGAAGGAGAAUACGAGCCCCAAACGGGCGAAUUUAUUGGGGACAUGACAAACGAGCUUGAUUGCUAUGGCGCAGGUAGCUAUAUUACGGAAUUUGCCUCUGGAGGGCCAAAAAAUUAUGGUUUUGUUGUAUAUUCCCCAACACAGGAUAAGUACUUUCAAUCCUGCAAGGUUAAGGGUAUAUGCAUCAAUCACGAGACAUCAAAGCUUGUUAACUUCAACACCAUGAAAAAUUUGAUAAUCAAUGAAGAGAUUCCGAAAAAAAUAUUGUACACUACGUUUGAGAGGACCGCACAGCAUCAGGUGUUAACCAGCCAAAAAGAGAAAAUAUUUCGAGCAAAUUUAUUGAAGAGACGUUUCAGCGGUUACGAUUCAUACCCGUACGGAUACAAGAAGAUAAAGCAGUGCUGA